AUGAUGGAUGUCGUCCAAGACCUUAGGCUGUUGCAUCUCAAUUCGUGGACCAGGCGUGCGAGGGCAACGUAUCGGUCGACACAGGGAAACACCCUCAUCGAUCAUGUAUUCCUGCGACAAGACCAGAGUGACACCAAAGCUCGACAGGCUGGUCCCGUGGACUGGCCCCUCACGCGUUGGCGAGGUGGUGGUAGGCAUUGGCCAGUUCUCUUCAGCGUUCCAGUCCCCACCAAAUGUUAUGUUGCAAGGCGACCUCAGCCCCAAUCCUCCAUCGACAAAGCGGAGCUCCUCCGAGUAUGUCGCUCAGAUGCAGACCCCAAGGCUAAUGCCUUUCGACAGAAUGUACGGGACUGGCUUGCUGCCAAUCCCUGCCGCACCAUCUCUGAAGUCAAUCAGUACCUGCAUGAUGCGUCUGUCCGACUCUUCCCCUCUACCAAGCACACUACCAAACCAGGUGCCUGGCAGCACCCCACCGUCUCUCUAUCGGUUCGGCAAAUGUGGGCUGCCUACAGGGAGUGGAAGCAACCCCCACCAGGCCGGCAACGACUCUUCUCUGCCUGGCGAGCCUUCAGUCAGUUCAAGCGAGCACACCGUGAAUUCAGGCGAGCUACGCGAGCUGCCAAGACGGCGCAAAUGCAGGCACUCACACAGAGCAUGCAAGAGGCCACGGACAAAGGAGACGUUAGAGCGCUCUUUCGCCUUGCCGCCAGUCUCUCUCCACAGAAAAGGCGCCCGCGCCUUCAACUGCGAGGGCCCCAGGGCGAGCUUUGGACGCCCCAGCAACAGUUGGAUUGCUUGAGACAACACUAUGAGGCCCUGUACGCCUCUCCGGACACUGACACCACGAUCUCAACUACAGGUCCACCAUUACCUACGAUCUCUUCCACCAUUUCCUUCCCUGACUUCACUGUCACUGAUGUGCUCGAAGGCUUGCUGAAGCUACCGCCGCACAAAGCUGCACCUCCAGGCAAGGCGACGAGCAGUUCCUGGGUCUUAUGUGCUCGUGAGCUUGCACCCUGGCUACAUCACACGAUCUCCUCACUUGACCAGGUGCCAUCCGAUUGGCGCGAUGCUUGGAUGAGCUUGCUACCAAAAGUGACACAUCCCAUGAAACCCAAGGACCUACGCCCACUCGGUAUCACUGAAAUUUCUGGACGUGUUGCAGCUGGCCUGGUCCAAAAAGAGCUGCGACCCUACUUAGUCGCGCUCCUCGAAGCUGAACCGCAGUUCGCAUACUCACCAGGACGAUCCACAGACGCUGCUUUGUCGCGAGUCUUUGCACAUUGUGACAAGGUCAUCGCAAUGUGCACUCCUGCACCCUACAACAUUCUCGAUUCUCGCUUUGCGCCCGCAGCCAAGCCCCUAGCAUCAGGAGGCGGCCUACAACUGAGUUUGGACCUUUCGAACGCAUUCGAUGUUUUACCCUGGGCAUUGAUUGAUCGGGCAUUACAGCUAGCCAAAGUCCCGACAUCAGUCCGCGAGUUGGUGAUUUGUUGGCACAGAGGUCUUACCUAUCACCUGACGAUACAGGGUAUGAAGGCAAGGAUCUCAGCGGGGCGUGGACUACGCCAGGGCUGCAGAAUCUCCCCAUUAGUGUGGAGCAUGGCCACUAUUGUGCUGCUGCAUGACCUGGGAGACCGCAUAGGUGAUCGUGAUUGGGUUAGAGCCAUGAUUACCGCUUUCGCGGAUGACAUACAUGGUGGUGAAUUGAUUACCACCACUGCACAACUCGACAAGCUUCUAACCAAUCUGGGACACCUGCUUGAUGUGCUGAUAGACGCGGAACUUAACAUCAACACUCUUAAAUCAGCCUUCUUGUUGCGGUUCACUAAAGGCUUUGCUGCACCAUGGAAAAGACGCCACGUUCGUCAGACCAAGGAGGGACAGCUGCUCACCUUCCGGACACCUGCAGGACGCCUGUUCAACAUCCCGGUAAAGGAUGAGCACAAAUACUUGGGUCUUAUCAUUUCCUAUCAACAGCCAGUGGCAAGCUCCAUCACACAUCGCAUACAAGCUGCGUGGAUCGCAUAUGGACACCUUCGGCCACUUCUCACAUGUGCUAAUGUCAGUUUCGAUCGCUUGCAACAUUCCACAGCGGGACUCCCUAUUUGUCAGCUAUGUCACAAACGCUUCUCCAGGUGGACUGGCCUCCGUGCCCACAUCGAGCAGGGAUGGUGUCCGCAACUCGAUCCGGAUAUCAACCUCAUGGCCUCGACACCAAUCCCUGCCCCUGCCUCGGUUGUCGAGCAGCUGGAGACCGCUGGUCCGGCAAUCCAUUCAGGUACGGCCGCUGUUACAUCCAGUGCGCGACUUGCCCAGCGUGGGUCCACCCCCAAAGCAGAGUUCGUUGCAUCGGCUGACAUCCCUCAGGAAGUCACACCCACACAGCCUCCGCCCCAGGCUGGUUCCGCUGUCGAACAAGCACCCUCCUCAGGAUCGAUCACAGCACCCAAGCUGCCAGCGGAUGUGACCGUUGCGCUUGGUCUGAAUAAGCCUGGCACUGGCACUCAGGUCGAGAUCCGUAACCCGCAAUGGCAGAAGCGAGUUGGUCCAGCCGCCGCUGUCCCAAUGGUGCAGCGUGUCGAGCUGAUGACUUUAUUCUCAAGAGGGCGCGCCUGCUCCGACGAACCCUCACGAAACCUUGUCAUUUCUGCCUCGCCACACGCUUCGAUCUCCAACAGCACUGGAAGCGUUGCCCUGUCAUCACAGUUGCCUGUUACCUUGAGCACAGAAGCCAUGACCUUGCCUGCCGCGACCAACAUGGCGCCCCCGACUCCAUCGCAGACGGAAGGACCGCCCAGUGCCAGACAACAGGAAUUGGAGAUGUUCGGUCACCUGUUCUCCUCCUUCAACACGGCGACGAGCGGCCAAGCUGCGAACAAACGUCCGAGGCCAGAGCAGAAGGACACCGUGAUGACUCCCGUGCCCAGCGAGUCUUCGCAGCCGCGGCAGGCAAACAUGGAAUCAGCUCCGAAGGGCAAAGGCAAAGCCAAAGGACAGGGGAAGCACUCGGGCAAGGGCAAGGGCAAGGGCAAAGGGAAAUCCAAGAACAAAGGUCAGCAGCCCGCCUCCGAGAUGUCUGCUCAGAAGGAUCCCUGGAGCCUCGACACCUGGACGGACCCAGACUCCUGGAGCACAAGCAGCUGGACAACGUCGAGUCACACGUCCACCGAGUACUCCACUGGUCUAUUGAUGCAGGUGGCAAGGAUGGCACUUCGCCACGAGCAGCAGCUCCACACUCUCCAGCAGGACACCAGGCUUUACAUGUAUUUCAAGCCCAAUCAGGAGUACUCCGUUCUUCCCAUGAUGCUCCAACUCGCGACGGAAUGGCGCCAGACUAUGGAGAAAACUCCGGAGAAACUUACUAUGUCUCUCCGAGAGCUCAUGAUCAGGGGUCUGCUCAAAGAAUGGAAGACUCGUCUUCAGGCCUUUCAGCGAAGCGAGGAGACCAAGACCACGGCACAGCGACUCCAAUGGCUGGACAGCCUGGGCCACUGGAAUUACAUGCACUGGUGUCCGACCAAGCAGGAACUGGUGCUGACGGAGCGUACCGAAUCUCGAUCAACGGAGGAGCUCUUGAACAUGAUUCAGGAGAUGGAGGAGCUGAUCACCGGGGACUCCAUCAAGACCUUCAAAUCGAUGAGGCAACUCCGGGAAUCCUACCAAACGGAGUGGGUACAGUUCCUGGUGGAAAUUCAGCUUCGCGGACCCGGAGACAAAUUGUGGACUAUUUUCAACGAUCUCAUCGGCAGUGCAGCGCUCCACCUGCUCGCCGCCCGGCUGCGGCGCGACCGUCAUCCUUACUCGGGCCUUGCUCAGAGCAUCCAGGCCCAGAUUUGGUGA